AUGGGGGCCUACUCCCUGGGGGUGGCCGUACUGCAGCUAUAUGUGGACUACUCCCUGGGGGUGGCUGUACUGCAGCUAUAUGGGGACUACUCCCUGGGGGUGGCCGUACUGCAGCUAUAUGGGGACUACUAUGGGGACUACUAUGGGGACUACUCCCUGGGGGUGGCCCUAUAUGGGGACUACUAUGGGGACUACUCCCUGGGGGUGGCCGUACUGCAGCUAUAUGGGGACUACUAUGGGGACUACUAUGGGGACUACUAUGGGGACUACUCCCUGGGGGUGGCCGUACUUCAGCUAUAUGGGGAAUACCCCCUGGGGGUGGCCGUACUGCAGCUAUAUGGGGACUACCCCCUGGGGGUGGCCCUAUAUGGGGACUACCCCCUGGGGGUGGCCGUACUGCAGCUAUAUGGGGACUACCCCCUGGGGGUGGCCGUACUGCAGCAAUAUGGGGACUACUAUGGGGACUACCCUGGGGUGGCCCUAUAUGGGGACUACUCCCUGGGGGUGGCCGUACUGCAGCUAUAUGGGGACUACCCCCUGGGGGUGGCCGUACUACCAUACCCUCCCGGGGGCAUCAAGUGUAUCCAGGCAUCCGUACCCUGUGGCCAGCAGGAGGAAGAGAAGGAAAGAAUACAGGCCCUGUGGUCAGCAGCUAGAGAAUACAGGCCCUGUGGUCAGCAGCUAGAGAAUACAGGCCCUGUGGUCAGCAGCUAG